AUGAGUGAACGUCAAAAGGUUGCCUUGGUCACAGGUGCAUCAUCUGGUAUUGGAUAUGCCACUGCAAUUGAAUUUGCAAAAAGAGGAUAUAAAGUGUUUGCUGGUGCUAGAAGAUUAGAGCCAAUGCAAAAAUUGAAAGAUGAUUAUGGUAUUUAUAUUUUCAAGUUAGAUGUUAGUGAUUUAGAUAGUGUUAAAGAAGCACGUAAGUUGAUUGAGUCCGAAACAGGUGGUGAUUAUUUAGAUUUCUUAUACAACAAUGCUGGACAAUCAUGUACUUUCCCUGCCACCGACGUCACUGAUGAACAAAUGAAACAAUGUUUUGAAGUCAAUGUUUUUGGUGGUAUCAGAACAACCCGUGAAUUGAUCCCAUUGAUCAUUAAUGCCAAGGGUGUUGUUGGUUUUACAGGUUCCGUCAGUGGUAUUAUUCCUUUCCCAUUUUCAUGUAUCUACUCCUCGUCAAAGGCAGCUAUCCACCAGUACGCAGCAACUUUGAGAUUAGAAAUGAAACCAUUUGGGGUUAAGGUAAUUAACAUAGUUACAGGAGGUGUGAAGACAAAUAUUGAAGAUAAAAGAGAUUUGCCUGAAACUUCCCUUUAUAAUGUCCCAGGAAUCACUGAGGCGUUUAAUGCUAGAAGACAAAUGGCUGCUAGAAACCAUCCUAUGCCAGCAGAGGUUUAUGCUCGCAAAGUGGUUUCUGAUUUUGAAAACGCAAAACUAGGCGGGGCUUUGAAUUAUUACCGUGGUAGAAUGAGUACCUUCUUAGGACAUGUGCUUAAUUUUGUUCCAAGAUUUAUUGUUGAAUAUGCUUUGGUUAGAAAAUUCCAAUUGGCUGGAAUCUUUGCUUAUUUAAAACAGAAAUAUCUGAAAGAUAAGAUCCACUAG